ACAGCCUGAAUGUGAAAGCCUCAGACUUUCCAUUACAUCAAUUCUAGCUUUUAAUCUUGUUGAAUUCUCUUCGUGAACCCAUAUUCUAGACUGUUACUCUUAAGCAAAGAAAAUGGCGUCAAUGAAGGACAACAAAGCUGUGAAGAUGCUGAAGGCUGCGGAGGAGGGUGGUUAUGGAGUUAUUGGUGUAGUAUCAUAUAAUCUUGAAACCAUCACAGCCGUCGUCCGCGCCGCCGAGAAGAAACGCUCACCAGCACAAAUACUCCUCUUCCCCUGGGCUCUCCACUACUCACCUCUCCUCAUCCACCUCGCCGCUGCUGCUUGCGCGACUGCCAAAGUUCCCAUAGUACUGCACAUGGAUCACGCCCAAUCAGAAGAGGAGAUCAUCGCCGCUUCGGAAUACCCCUUCGACAGCAUCAUGGUGGACAUGUCGCAUUACGAAAAGGAGGACAAUCUCGAGAAGACGGAGCGUAUCACUAAGAUGCUGCAUGCGAAGGGUAUCGCUACCGAAGCUGAACCCGGAAGAAUUAAUGGUGGGGAGGAUGGGGUGGCGGAUACCGGGGAUUUGGAGGGUUUGUUGACGGAUGAGGUUGAGGCGAAGAGGUUUGUGGAUACAGGUAUUGAUUUCUUGGCGCCGGCUUUUGGGAAUGUUCAUGGUAAUUAUGGGGGUGUAGAGAAUAUCAAGCUGGACUUUGAGAGACUCGACAAGAUUCGUGAGGCAAUCAAAGGAAAAGCAACACUAGUACUCCACGGAACGAAUACCUUCCCAGACGACACGAUGCGAGGGUGUAUCAAGGGUGGGAUGACCAGAUGUAAUGUGAACGAACUAGUCCUGUCGAAGUACAACAAGUACGUUGCAGAGAAUACAGGCAAAGUACCGCUGACAGAAUUGAUUGGCAAGGGGACGGACCUGAUUCAAGAAUUGAUUGAGUACCAGAUGGAUGUUAUGGGAUCGACGGGGAAGGCAUGAAUACUUGAGCUGGCAAAUAAUUACAAGAAAGUGUUUAUGUAAGCCAGAGGUUUGCGCAACACCGUCUCUGACGGGCAUUAUCAUUACCGCCUCUGGCAAACAAAUGUACCAUGUAUGGAACCUGAUCAUGCAAGCAGCGUCAAUUCUGGACAUUUGCAAACAAAGGCAUCGCAAACAAACCUAGACUUUGGAAUAAGCAGAAUUAUUCCACUGAUACCUCAAACUCAGCUCUGGAGACCCAUCAUCAAACCCAAGAUGAUCCUUGCCUUCCAAAAUCCGGCUAAAAAUUCCCCAGGACCAAAAAAAUAAUAAAAUCCAGAAAACGGCAAAAACAUGACAUGGGGACUCCCAUCCAGGAUACUGCGCUCAAAGGAGAAAUGAGAGGGCAAUCAUUGUGCUCGAAAUGCUAGGACAGCUUGAAAUAUCGAGGACAAGUGUUCUAGCUGUUACGUUUCAAUUUGCGAUCAAAUCGUAAGCAAGCUUAACAAAUUCGAAUCAAAACAACAAAAAAGGUCGAUGAGUUCAGUCUGAGAGAACACAAAAACGAAAAGGAAAGUAAGUAAUAUUAGACCCUUGCUGAAAGAUGAUGGUGGAUCUCCCAGCUUGAGUUCCAGCAUAACUUUUUUUCUUUCCACCUGGGGUUAGUACAAUACAUAGAGUCAUCUUAGC